AUGAAAAUCCAGUCACACCUUGAACUCUCUAGUUCUUUAGCUCUCAACCCGUACGUGGAGAGUAUAGUUUCGAACUGGGUCAUCAAUGCACCCGGUUCCCCGAACCACGACGUGCGUACACGAACACGCCAAUACACACAUGCACACACGCGCGCGUACAAAAACCGUCCCAACCCGUGUCUUGUUCUCAGUUCACAGGUUCUUAACCCCCCGGUUUCCCAUUUCCUCUUCUCGGCCCCCCCCCCCAAAACCCGGUCAGUUCUACGUUCGGUCAGUUCUACGUUUGGUACACUCUUGCCCUGGCAGCAGCUUCACUCGUGUGUGGUUCGUCUUUCCCCCCAAAACCCCCACACCCCACCCGCGAACACCCCCUCCCAGGGUUACGGGAGCCAUCCGCCCCCCCGGCGGGGCAGUGUGCCGCUGUGGACCGACGACCCCAUUCCGCCGCUACCCCGACUGCCCGUACAGCGUAGAAUAUUCUGCAACCGGGCUUUGAACAUGAAGCAAAUAAAGGCCAUCGGGUACGACAUGGAUUACACGUUGGCGCAGUACAAGCCGGACACCUUCGAGGGCCUUGCGCAUAAAGAAACCGUGUCCAAGUUAGUCGAGGUGUUUCGAUACCCCGAGGAGCUGCGUCGGUUGGACUUCCAGUGGGACUACAUGACCAAGGGCCUCAUCAUUGACAAGUCUCAACCCAAUCUCGUUUCCCUCCCCCUCCCCCUCAAUCUGCAAUCCUUCCAGGUUGCGUAUCACGGCUUUCAGGAGCUGCCCGUGGAUUCCGUGUACAACGGUCACCACUCCUCGGGGGCUGCCGGCGCUGGUGUGUUUGACGAGGCCGGGGGGUACGGCAUGGUGGACACGUUGUUCAGUCUGGCUGAGGCCUACCUGUACAUGCAGCUGGUGGAAAUGAAGGAUCUCUACCGCGACCUCCGUACGGCAGUGGACAUGUGUCACCGUGACGGCUCCUUGAAGCGGGCGGUGGCGGCCAACCCGGAAAAAUUCAUCCACCGGGACGAGCAUCUGGUGCAUGUUCUUGAGACCCACCGCGCCAGUGGCCGCGCUGUGUUCCUCGCGACCAACUCGCUGUUCGACUACACCAACGUGGUCAUGAACUUCCUCAUAUCGGGGAGAACCGGUGCGUGUGUGUGUCCUCAAAAGACCUGCGAGUGGUUGCAGUACUUCGAUGUCGUGAUGGUGGGUUGCGCCAAGCCCUCCUUCUUCCAGCACAGGGCUCCGCUCUUCUCUGUGGACGUCAACACAGGUAGGGAAGGGAGGGGGGAGUCGCCAAUCCGCGGCAGCAGCAGCAGCGGCGGCGGCGGCGGCGGCGGCGGUAAUGUGUUUCAGGGCGGUUGGUAUCUGGACCUCCACAAAAUGCUUGGAGUAACGGAGGGCAGUCAGGUGUUGUACGUUGGUGAUCACAUCUACGGUGACAUUGUCAAAUCCAAAAAGGAUAUUGGUUGGCGGACGAUGUUGGUGGUUCCGGAGCUGGAGCUGGAGCUCGAGAAGCUCGGCCGGUCUAUGAAAAUGCAAGAGGAGUUACGGCAGUUACGGCAGUUGCGGGACGAGUACGACGACCGGAUCCAGCGGUUGAAGUGGAGUAUUCGCUGCAGCAGCAGCCGCCAGGGGGCCCCGGGGGCCUCCAGGGGGGGGGAGGACGGAUCCGCCGAGGCGCAGGCGGACAGGGCGCAGCUGAAGUCCCGUCACAGCGCCCUCCUCCGCGCCCACCACCGGCAGUUCCACCCCAUUUGGGGGCAGCUCAUGAAGACGGGGCACCAGAACUCCAGAUUCGCACACCAGAUUGAGCGUUACGCCUGCCUCUACACGAGCCACAUCAACAACCUGGCCUUCAUCUCCCCGGAGAAGAGUUUCAUGGGCCGAAUGGAUUUGAUGGCGCAUGAGUGGGAGGAUGAGGAAGCGGUCAUGGGGGGCCUGGGGGUGUCGGGGGUAGGGGUGGGGGUGGGGGUGGGGGGUUCCAAGUCGAAGGGCGGUCAGGCUCGGGAGCCGGGGCGGUGA